AUGGCAGUUGAAAUGAACCAGACUGUACAGAUGCCGAAAGCUGAGAUUUUCUCUCAGACGAUGAAGCAAUCUCUGGUUUUGGCUCUGAUCUUUAACUUAGUGGGAGAUAUAGCCGGUCUGAAAUGUCACCAGAGUGAUCUUAUCCCUGUUCCUCAUGAGUGGUAUGAGCCAGCUGAUCUUCUCAUUGGUGGGAUGGUCUCUCAGUUUAUGUAUGCAUUCAAUGAAGAUCUAUUUGAGGAAAUGCCUUCACAUGUCUCAGCUGACUUUUCUGAUAUGGUGACAAAGUUCUACCAGCAUGCCCUUGCCGUGGCCUUUGCUGUGAAGGAGAUCAAUGAGGAUCCCCAGAUCUUGCCUAAUGUUACCCUUGGAUUCCAUAUCUACGACAGCUACUAUGAUGCAAAGAUGACUUAUCGGACCACCUUGGACCUCCUCUUCAAAUCAAGGAGCUUUCUUCUCAACUACAAAUGUACUAGACAGAAGAACCUGAUAGCCAUCAUUGGAGGACUUGGUUCUGAUACCUCUUUUUACAUGGCAGAUAUCCUUGGUCUCUACAAGAUUCCACAGCUCACCUAUGGUGCCCUGGUCCCUGGGAAGAUUGAUUCCACUCUGGUCCCUUCAUUCUAUUCCAUGGUCUCCAACGAAGCCCAACAAUACUUGGGGAUUCUUAAAUUGCUUCAACAUUUUGGAUGGACCUGGAUCGGGAUCUUCAUUCAUGACAAUGACAAUGGACAGAAAUUCCUGCAGACUCUGGAAGCUUUGCUUUUCCAGAAUGGCAUCUGCACAGCUUACAGACAAAAAAUCCCACAGCGCAUACAUUUGGAUAACUAUAAGGAAAUGAUGGAAAUAACAUCAUAUAUCGUUGUACCUUUAACUGAUCAGAAAACCAAGGUGUUCCUCAUCUAUGGAGAAUCAGUGACGCUGGCCCAGCUGAGGACAAUUCUAUUCGUACUAGAUCUCCGAAAUAAAUUAAAAGAUUCACCUGUGAAAGUAUGGGUCAUAACAAGUGGCAUUGAUUUCACACUCUCCUUCCUGCAAAGAAGUUGGGACCUGAACGUUUUCCAGGGUGCCAUUUCUUUUUCACUUCACUCAAGAGAACUUCUGGGGUUCAGUAAGUUUCUUGAGGGCAUAAAACCAUCCAAGACCAAACAUCAGGGCUUCCUGAAGGAGUUUUGGGAACGAGCAUUUGACUGUACUUUUCCAGAUCCUGACGACGAAGAGGUAAUCGAUGAAUCCAGCUACCAAGAAGCGAGCAAGACAGAAAACAACACACUCAGAUUACAAAUACUAAGACUACUGAAAAGCCAAAAGGACGACAAAAAUCUCAUCGCGAACCUCCAAGACAUCAUAAAAGAUAGCGGAGCAGUGAGAGAAAACUACAUCAACACAUCAGAACCAAAAGACCACGAAAUGACACUUCCGGGAGCCAGAAACCUCAGCCGAGAUGACUACAAUGAAAAGAAACAAACCCCGAUUCACACCUGGACACCUAAAGUCGAGCCAGAAAGCGAAUUUUCAGAGGAAGAGCACUGCAAGGGAGCUGCAGCGGCGAGACCCUUCCCCGACGGCUUCAGGAACAAAAUGAUCUACGCGCAUGCACAAAUACGUCCAGACGAACUUAGAGACAAUAAAAGACAGAAGGAACCAUUCAGGUCCUUCGAGAGGGUUAAUAUGGGAUGGAUCAAUCCAAAUGGACCCCCAGAAGAUGAAUUUGUCAUCAAUGACAAUAUGAUUUUGUGGCCUAGAGCUUUCAAUCAGGUCUGUCCCCUUUCAGUGUGUAAUGAACAGUGCCAUCAUGGAAAACACAAGAAAAAGAAGGAAGGGGAAAAAUUUUGUUGCUAUGACUGUGUUCCUUGCCCUGAAGGGGAGGUUUCAAACAAAACAGAUAUGGAAAAAUGCUUCAAAUGUCCAGAAGACCAAUACCCAACCAAAGGAAAAGAUGACUGCAUCUACAAAGUUGUAACAUACCUUUCUUACAAGGAACUUCUAGGGUUUUCUUUGGCCUCCAUUUCUAUUUCAUUGUCUUUGAUCACUGCUCUCAUAUUAGGAAUAUUUCUUAAGCACAAAGAUACCCCUCUGGUCAAAGCCAACAACCGGGACCUCACCUACAUUCUCCUUAUCUCCCUCCACUUCUGCUUCCUGUGUCCUCUCCUGUUCAUUGGUGAACCCAAUGAAGUCACUUGCCUUCUCCGACAACCAACCUUUGGCAUCAUCUUCUCCGUGGCUGUUUCUUGCAUCUUGGCCAAAACCCUCACUGUGGUUGUAGCCUUCAUGGCCACCAGGCCAGACUCCAACAUGAAGAAGUGGGUGGGGAAAAGGAUGGCAACCUCCAUUGUCCUUUUCUUCUCUCUCAUUCAAGUUGGCCUUUGCGCCCUCUGGCUAGGAUCUUCCCCUCCAUUCCCACAGUUGAACAUGCAUUCUGUGACCGAGGCCAUCAUCAAUGAAUGUAACGAAGGCUCUCCGGUCAUGUUCUCCUGUGUCCUAGGCUACAUGGGCUUCCUGGCUCUUGCCAGCUUCUUUGUGGCCUUCUGUGCUCGCAGAUUACCGGACAGCUUCAAUGAAGCCAAAUUCAUUACCUUUAGUAUGCUGGUAUUUUGCAGUGUUUGGGUGCUAUUUGUUCCAACUUACCUGAGCUCCACGGGAAAAGCCUUGUUGGCUGUGGAGAUCUUCUCCAUUUUAGCUUCUAGUGCAGGAUUACUGGGCUGUAUCUUUUCCCCUAAAUGUUACAUCAUUCUGUUCAGACCAGAGAUGAAUACCAGGGAUCAGCUAGUAAGAAGAAAGAACUGAAAAAUUCAAUUCCUUUACUUUCUGGUACAAUGUUGAUUAGUAUGUUUAAGAUUUUGAGAUCAAAAAUUCAUUGUAAUGUCAUUUAUAUUUCCUAAUAUUAUUCAACUUCUUUACCAAGAUUUAUGAUGAAGAUAAUAAGAAUAAAGAGUUACAAUAUUAGA